AUGAGUCUCUAUACCCCAGCUGAUGGCUUGUUUGGUACUCAUGUCACAUGGGAAGACGUUGAAGAGGACAUGCAGAGGGAAUUUGAUACGGAUGCUUUUUUCGGUCCCAAUAAGACUGCAAAGAGUAUAGGAGACGGUAAUGGUUUUUUGUCAAUGGUUGUUCUUAUUGAACCUGACUGGCAGAGCAAAGAUAAGGAACUUCCUGAGAGCUUCAUUAUCAAGAUAGUUUCCCAACUUCCUAUACAGAAAUUUGUUGAACAUAUCUCAAAAGAGAAGAAUAUUGAGAAUCGUUUUGGUUCACCGGAAUUUAUGGCUACUUUGGAUAAGACUCAGAAGAAGUUUCACAACAUGGAAGUGACCGUAUAUGAUCAUUUGAAGAAAAUUCCCAAAGGAGUGAUUCCAGUUGCAGAGGUUUGGUAUGCUAGAAGGUUCACAGAAAGUAAUCCUCUCAAAGGAUAUUUGAUAAUGGAGUAUUUAAACAAUAUAAAAGCUGUUCAUAUUUUCGAGAACGUUCCUCUUAAAUCCAUGGAACAGGUUUUGCGAGCUAAAGCAGCUCUAGAAGCUCUUUCCCUGAGGUUCACAUCGGAAGAGAAAAAGCAGUUUACAGCAAAUUUCACAGAAGUUUUUGCGGAUUUUUAUACAGAAGAGGCAGUGGAAGACGUCGUCAAAUAUUUUCGAGAUUUCGGAGAUAAAAAAUUCCAAGAGAAGAUAAACAAACUAGAAAAGGCUCUACCGAACUUACUCGAUUUUCCUGCAGUAGAACGGCUAGCUGAUGAGAUAGGAAUGCAACGUGUUCUAUGCCACGGAGAUCUAUGGUCAAUGAAUCUUCUUUGGAGGCCAUCUGGAGAUGAUUUGAACUUAGCUGCAAUGAUAGACUAUCAGCUUGCCCACAUGGGUUGUGCAGCAACUGAUCUCGUCCGGGUUUUCUCCGCUUGUCUAAGCGGAAAGGACAGACAAGAACAUUGGGAGAAGCUCCUCGAAGAAUUUUACGAAUAUCUAAGCGAAGAAGUCUCGGACACCAAAAUGCCUUACACUCUUGAGCAGCUCAAAGAAUCGUAUCGCCAGUCAUUUCCGCUAUGCGCCUUCUUGAUAGUCCCUAUGAUUGGGCCUAUGUUCGAAAUGCUGUGUAAAAAUUCCGAAGAUGAGAAGCAGAGAGAGUUCUUGGGAAUGGCAACGGAAAAAAGCGAAUGCCUUCUGGAUGAUAUUCUCUAUUUUCACGAACAAGCUCGAAACAAGAAGCAAGAAGAAGCUAGAAACUUUUCGAGAAAACGUCCUAUUUCAAAUCUCACGCACGAGCAACGCUCUGGUCUACGUGAGAUUCGUGAACUCUCAGCAUGUGGCAGUCACUGUCAGCGUUGUCGGGUUCUAUACUUACUGGUAAAAGCACAUAAGCUCUCCCCUUCUGCUCUCCUCUCAGAAGGGUAUUCAAGGUGGCGCUAG